UGUUUUUUUUAAUGUCGUGUUUGCCAGGAACGGUACCGCGGAUGAUGCGCCCUGCUCCCGGACAGAACUACCCCCGAACCGGAUUCCCUCUGGAAGUGUCCACUCCUCUGGGCCAGGGCCGGGUCAACCAGCUGGGGGGGGUCUUCAUUAACGGCCGGCCGCUGCCCAACCACAUCCGACACAAGAUAGUGGAGAUGGCCCACCACGGGAUCCGGCCCUGUGUCAUCUCCCGCCAGCUGCGCGUCUCUCACGGCUGCGUGUCCAAGAUCCUGUGCCGCUACCAGGAGACCGGCUCCAUCCGGCCCGGGGCCAUCGGAGGCAGCAAGCCCAGGCAGGUCGCCACGCCGGACGUGGAGAAGCGGAUAGAGGAGUAUAAGCGGGACAACCCCGGCAUGUUCAGCUGGGAGAUCCGGGACAAGCUGCUGAAGGACGGCGUGUGUGACCGGAGCACGGUCCCUUCAGUGAGUUCGAUCAGCCGUGUACUUCGAGCUCGGUUUGGAAAAAGGAUGAUGGAAGAGUGUGAUAAGAAGGAUGAAGACGGGGAGAAGAAGAGCAAACACAGCAUCGACGGGAUCCUGGGAGACAAAGGCAGUCGGAUGGAUGAGGUGUCCGAUGUGGAGUCGGAGCCGGACCUCCCUCUGAAGAGGAAGCAGCGCAGGAGUCGGACCACCUUCACAGCGGAGCAGCUGGAGGAGCUGGAGAAGGCUUUCGAGAGAACCCACUACCCCGACAUCUACACCAGGGAGGAGCUGGCCCAGAGGACCAAGCUCACCGAGGCCCGGGUCCAGGUUUGGUUCAGCAAUCGAAGGGCCAGGUGGCGAAAACAAGCAGGAGCCAAUCAGCUAGCAGCUUUCAACCACCUGUUGCCGGGUGGAUUUCCUCCCACAGGGAUGCCAACACUUCCAACGUACCAGCUGCCAGAGUCCGGCUAUCCAACCAACACUCUGUCCCAAGACGUUAAUGGUACAGUCCACCGCCCACAGCCGUUGCCUCCGUCCACCAUGCACCAGGGCGGUCUGGCCAGCCCUGACAGCGGCUCGGUCUACGGCCUGGCCUCCAACCGCCACGGCUUCUCCACCUACUCUGACUCCUUCAUGAGCUCUGCUCCCAGCAACCACGUCAACCCUGGCAGCAACGGACUCUCCCCACAGGUGAUGAGCAUGCUGGGUAACCCCAGUGCUGUUUCCUCUCAGCAACAACACGACUUCUCCAUCUCGCCGCUCCACAGUGCCUUGGACUCCUCUCCUUCCAACGCCCUCUCAGCCAGCUGCAGCCAGCGCUCAGCUGAGAGCUCCAUGAAGACAGUGGACAGCCUUUCGUCAUCCCAGUCCUACUGCCCCCCCACAUAUAGCACUACCAGCUACAUGGACCCCGCUGUGGCUGCUGCCGGCUACCAGUACACACAGUACGGCCAGACUGCUGUGGACUACCUGGCGAAGAACGUGGGUCUGUCCGCUCAGCGCCGGGUGAAGCUGUCCGACCACUCAGCUGUUCUGGGGCUGCUGCAGGUGGAGACCGGCCAGGCCUACUAG